CAGCCCCUUCCCAGUCCAGCCCCAUCACACUCCUCUAGCCUGGCUUUCUCCUUCUCUGUGUGUCUCUCUCUCUCUCCCUCACUUUCCCUCAUCUCAUUGUUUCAGAGUAGGCCAAAUUUGAAGUCCUUCCCAGGGAGUGGCCCUGUUCGUCUUAUUCUCCAGCCAAAGUAGAAACAGCGAGAGAAGGAGAGACACAUUCGGCAGCCAAAGGACUCGGUGGAGAGAGCAGAGAAAAAGUACACAAUAUGCUGCUCUUGGGACCCAAGGUGCUUCUGUGUCUCACUGCGUUCAUCAUCCCCUCUGACUGGACACCACUAGGAGCCAAUGGUCAACGAGGAGAUGAUGUGACUCCAGUGACUCCAGAAGCAUUCACAGAAGAUCCUAACCUGGUGAAUGAGCCCUCUACAGAUGAAACAGUUCUGGCCGAUAUCGAGCCUUCCACAGAUGACCUGGCUCCGGCCAAUGAUAAAAAUACCACAGCAGAUUGCCGGGAUGAAAAAUUUGCUUGCACGAGACUCUACUCGGUGCAUCGGCCAGUCAAGCAAUGCAUUCACCAGUUAUGUUUCACUAGACUAGAGUUCUCCCUCCCGAUGGUUUUUGCUGUCUCUUUCCUUAACCAUGUUACUGGGACUCUGGCAGUUUACGACGUAUGUACAUCAUCAACAAUGAGAUCUGCUCUCGUCUGGUCUGUAAAGAACAUGAAGUAAUGAAAGAUGAACUUUGCCGUCAGAUGGCUGGUUUACCCCCAAGGCGACUCCGCCGCUCCAACUACUUCCGACUUCCUCCCUGUGAAAAUGUGAACGUGCAGAGACCCAGUGGUCUGUGAUGAUCAAGGAAGAGGAAGGAAGAACAUGUGGGUGGGAGGGAGAGAAUGCUCUAACAAGACCAACCAUUGUCAGCUAACCCAUAGACAUUAGUCGUUCUUAAACCAAUCCCUUUGUAGUGUCUAGCUUUGGCCCCCCACUCCCUGAUUUAUUACCCAGACCGGUCACAAAGUCGUUAUUAUAGCAUGGUUUUGCCGCUUCUCACUACCAUAGACAUAGUAGAUCAAUGAUAACCAAGUGGCUUAUGUACAAACAAUCUACAUACGGUUUCAAAGGAAAAUAAACGUGAGGUUAAUAUUUACAAUUUGAAUCUGUCUGAAAUAGAUCUUAGGGUGGAAGAAGUUGUCACUAGUUUGGCCACAGGACUUCAUUUCUUUGACUUUCAAGCCUGUCCUAGAUGAACUCCCCAUUUACAAGCUCCUCUUUACUCUUAUGCUAACUAUUUUGCUGGAUUUGCCUGGCGGGUCUUCCGGAAGAGUCAUGGUAAUGUGCGUAGUCCCAGAGAUUUCUGAGGCCAAGAGUUAGACAAUCCUACCAGCAAUAUCUAAAGACCCAAGAUGAGAUCUGCUAAGGCUGAGGCUAAAGAGGAGUAGGCCAAGUAUGGAACUUGGACUCAUGGUUCCCUAUUCAAUUUUUCACGCGGUUGUCCCAAACAGGCAAGUAGGGCUAAAAAGUCCUAUUUACUUACUCAUUUGUGGUCGUGUGGGGUAGGGGUUAGCCCACCUUCCCAAAUUAAUUAGACAACUUAAUGUUGGUGUGAAUUUCCUUGGCUACUCCUUUCACCCCAUUACUAAACGAAAUCUGUAGAGAUUAUUGUGCAAAUGGAUUCUGGAAGACCCUGAUUGGGGCCUGAAGAAGGACAUUCAGACCUCAUCUUUAAUGGGCAGACAAAGUUUACCUAGUGGUUUAUAAGAAAGAAUAAAAGAAAUAAUGUUCAGACAACCUACAUUCUUAAGACAUGCUGCCACAGUAGGCCCUGGUAAAAGUCCCCAUCUUUACCACGACAAGGUUAAGUUUAUGUGAGUUCUAAGGUUUUUUAAUUCUGUGAUUUAAGAUUUAAAUGCAUGAUUCGUAUUUCUGGAAGCCUAGAUGCAAUCUGAUUCACAACCACCAUGUCUGCUUUAUGAGGGGAGAGAUAUCUUAUAUUAGGAAGCAGUCCACAACGUAAUAGAAAAAAAAUCCCAUUGUAAGUGGCCAAUUACAGAUUGUAGCUCCUUCUACCUGAAGAACUCAGCAACGUUCCACAGAGGCCAAUGAAAUUCAAGUAGGAAAUAGAGGAAUUUGAGGCAAGUUAUACGCCACAGAAUUCCACUUGGCAGUGUUGGAUCCUUUUCAUAUUGUAAGAAAACUGUAAAUGAGGAUCAAACUCUGGAGGUUGAGAAACAGUUUAGCCUAAUGGGAUUUGCUCAGCUGAUUGAAGAGAAAUGCUAGGAAAAGACCAAAGCAUGUAAUCUCUCCCCCACAGCCUCUAAAAGUAAAUUUGCUCAUAUACAGACAGACAUGUUGAAUGCAUAUUGUAACCACUGUAGAGAAAACUCACAGGCAGAGUCUCCAAGAAUCGUUUAACAAUCUCUCCACGAACGUGACCCUCCAAGGGAGCACCCCAAUCCCAGGAUUGUGUAUAUUGCAAAUUAAACACUCUAAAAUAAAUGUUUCUAAUUUCCUCCUCA